ACCGAACUCCGAGCCAGUCUCGAAGCCCCACACACUCUCCAUAGACACCAGGGCUCAUCGGAAAAUCAGGAACCCUAACGGGAAUCUAAACUCAAAUCAACGUCAAUCGAUGGAUUGAAUCAACGAAGACAAGAGAUUCUGAACGACAACGAAGAUUAAAUACACAUUCUGAACGUCAAUCGUUAAAUUCCGAUCACUGGACAUCGGGCCGAGCAACGAAGACAAACUGAUGGACACUACAGAAAUAGAGGAUGUCUGCGAAUUUACACUCGCCGAGGCCCUGGAAAUGGAACACUUGUACAGAAAACGGGGUAAAGAAUCACAACAGCAGAAGUUCUGUGAAGAACUUGCCACCAAAUUCAGUUGCUCGGCUAAUAGAAAUGGGAACUCUAUCAUAACAUGGGACCAGGUGCACACUUGGUUCCUUGAUAGACAAUUAUUUUCAGCAGUUAAGAGUAAAAGUUUAGUGGCUGAUUCAAAUGCAGCUACAAAGCAACAUGCGCCCAUAAACACUUCACCAAUUGCUCUAAAAAAUCUUGUGGCCUUAUCAAAAGCAUGGGCUGCAGCUGAAAGACCUAAGAAGCCUAAAGCUGAAAGAGUGGCAGAACUUUCAGAUUUGAUUUUUGAAGCUUUGUCAUCAAAAGAUUGUGCUUGGUAUGAUGUUGCUGCAUUCCUUAAUUUCAGAGUUCUUUACUGUGGCGAGCUCGAGGUUCGAGUGAGAUUUUGUGGUUUUAGCCAUGAUCAAGACGAGUGGGUGAAUGUAAGAAGGGGACUUCGUGAGCGGUCAAUCCCCUUGGUGCCUUCAGAAUGUCACAAGGUCAAAGUUGGUGAUCAUUUACUAUGCUAUAGGGCAAAUGAAGAUCAUGCACUUUAUUCUGAUGCACAUGCCAUAAAGGUUGAAAGGCAGCUGCACGAUAAGGAUGAUUGUACAUGCAUCUUUGUGGUUCGGUUUGAGUAUGAUAAUGCCGAGGCGGAACUUGAGUGUAGCUGUAUAUGUCGCAGGCCAUCAUGAAGGACUCAGGGUCGUGCGAGCCGUGUUGAAGAGGUUACUUUUGUAAAGAACCGGAGAUCUUCCCGGUUCGUUAGCUUAAAUAGCUAUCGAGUCGUGUUUUGUUGUCGUAACAUGGAGAAAUAACGCCAACCGUUGGGAAGUUGAAAUCGAAAGUGUGUGAUUAUCGUAUCAUCAUUGUGCAAACUAGUCAAUUUGAGGGUAUGUGUAUUGCUAUAUUCUACUUUCUAGGGCUCGCCUUAUCGCUUGCCCAAAAACAAUGACAUCUGGCUUCCCUCUUUCGUUCUAUUGUGCCCAAUUAUUUCCAUUGUCAUUCUAAAACCAUGUAAAGCUAAACCAUUAUAUCUCACCUGGAA